AUCCAUAAACAUGCUUCGAAAAUUAUUCUUUUCAUUUUCUCAAGACAUCGAAAAGGUUAUGGCUGAUAAACUUACUUAGGUCUUGAAAGCCACUAAAGUUGAAGUCAUCGAUACAUCUGGAGGAUGUAAAUCAUUAAUCAAAUUACCAUAGGUGGUUCUAUGUAUCGAUUGGAAAUUGAAUCUCCUGAGUUUCAAGGCAAAUCAAAAGUGAAAUAACAUUAAAUGGUCGUAGACGCUUUAAAAGCUGAAUUAGCAGGUGCUCAUGGGUAUUCGAUUAAAACUAACAUCCCCAAGUGAUUCACAUUAUUUGUUUAUAUAUUCAAAUUAUAUAUUAGCUUAUUGGGUGCAACUCUCAUCACUUUAACUUUUCC